CUCAUGGAAGUAGAGGGAAUGAGACACCACUCGCAGAAAUGGCCCCGUCGCUUUACCUUUUCAAACACAUCUCAGUUCCCUGCAGACUGUUCCCCGGAAAUCCCGCCAGGUACCGAAGCCCAGAAGAAGACACGUCCGGUCCAGGCCCGAGGAGGGCGACAUCACUUCCGGCCCCGGCCCCAAGGAGGGUGACAUCACUUCCAGUCAACUCUCCAUAAAAGCCACUCCCCUUCCUCUGGUGAUCAGCUCUGUCUUGGACUCAGUAGUGUAAACUACCCAGUGCUAACUUUGUUGACACAACUACCUCUUGUAGCCUGGAUUAUAAUAUACAGGUGGCUGCCCCAAACCUUCUUGCAAUGUCUGGAGUCUCUUAUUGUGACAACACACAUUUACUUUGAAGGUACUCUACUCGUUUAUGACGGAUUUAAAAAACAGUGGCAAAUGGUGCCCAGUGCUGCCAAAAUAGACUCCUGCUCUGGAUAUGCUCUUCUGACAGUAGCAGUAGGGCAGUAGUAUUAGUAGUGAAGUGAAAAUUCUUACUUUCUUGUCCAACCAAGAUGCAGCACAUCACUACUUUAAGUAGUUAUGAUAAAAAUAUUGAACUUCAUUUUAUUUAACAGAACACACAAAUCAGCUUACCUAAUGCACUUCUCACUACUGUUCCAAUGUUCCCAUUUCUUUAAACGUUAUGGAAAUAAUCUUGAAAAAACACUGAAGUAUAUAACAUUAUUAUAGACAUGAAUGUAAAAUCCAGUUAUCUACCAAAAAGAUGGCUUUUGAUAUACUGUACAUUUUGGAGAUCUUGGAUAAAGCGGGUUAGAAAGUGGAUGAACCCGGGGCAAGGCUAGCAUCUGCAGACAUUGACAGCCUGAUGGAAAGCCAUAAUUCUGAGAUCAGAAAGUAAUCAUCCACUGUGAAUUCAGUUUGAAUAAAUUGCAUAAAUGCAAUGUAUUGUUCCUUUAUCAUUUAUAAUAGAAACAAACACAGAAUGUUUGUGUUAGGCUUAUACAAUUUCAAUCCCGUCAGGUGCUGAAGCCCAGAAGAAGACACUUCCGGUCCCGGGCCUGAGGGCCGACAUCACUUCCGGCCCCGGGCCCGAGGGUGACAUCACUUCCGGUCAAUUCUCCAUAAAAGCCGCUCCCCUUCCUCUGGUGAUCAGUUUUGUCUUGGACUCAGUAAUGUAAACUACCCAGUGCUAACUUUGUUGACACAACUACCUUUUGCAGCCUGGAUUAUAAUAUACGGGUGGCUGCCCCAAACCUUCUUGCAAUGUCUGGAAUCUUUUAUUGUGACAUUGGCAUAGUCGGCAGGAUUCUGUCCCAGAAGAAACCGGGAUGGGGCCUAAAAACCAGCCAGGUAGGAAAGUACCAGGGCAGAGUUUCUGGAUGGAGAGUGCGUCUGACGGUCAGGAAAGACACGGUGCAGGCUCUGCUCCAGAAGUACAGUACAGUAGAGGGAACUCGCAGACGUGGGCUGCUCUCUGCGGUUGAAACAAAAGGGGCUUAUUAUGUUCUCUCAGAUGAGAGAGCUGAGCCACCCAUGGGGACCAAGGUCCCAGUUAAGAAUGGGCUAACCCUAGUCUCGCAGGUGAAAAAAAUAAAACACUGGAAAUUCAAUCCAGACGGGCCAAUCCAGGAGCAGGCUAUGGCUCUCUGGACCCAGGUGGUGUUGUGUCUGCGGCCAUGUGAGCUCACCACCUAUCAAAUUGUGCAGCAGGUUGCCUGCUAUUUCUUUUUGCAAGGUCUUCCUGACAACUUCACCCAGCCAGACUGGGGAGACUUUCACUCCAUGGAUGAGCUUAUAUGGCUCAUAAAAAGACCAAUGACAGCCACGAAGUCUAGGAGAGCGGAAUGGUCCUCUAGUGGAUUCCCUAGAGAGUACAUCUCACAUGUUAAGCCUCUUCUACAUAAACCGGAGCCUGUCCCGAAGUCCGCGGGGUGCUUGGCAUGCAACCUGUCUGGGAAUGAGGUGGGACGUAGGUGGAUGGGGGGAGAGCGUUGGUGUGCCCUUACUAACGCCCUGUCGGUAACAAAUAGGGGAGUAGUGCUUCUUAAUGGGCAUAAACUCACGGCAUUGUUUGAUUCCAGUAGUAACGUUACCAUUGUUGCUCACCGAUAUGUCUUACCGCGACAGUUAACAAAGCGAAAGACCAGUGUUAAAUGCAUACAAGGAGAAGUCCGUAACUAUAAAACCGCCCUGUGUUACAUCUGCCUGGACGGAUCGCUAAGAAAGCACCCCCCCCCCAUUUGUGGCAGUCCACCCCAACCCACCUUUUCCUGUAGUUCUAGGGCAGGAAUGGUCUGAAAUUAAAAGCUGUAGAAUCCUGCCUGCUGCUCCCGGUCACACAUUGGGUCUAGUUGUAGAGGAGGGUGACUUGUCUCAGGCUGCCUCCACGCCGUGUAAUAUGCCAGCAGAGAGCGAGAUGGAACGCCAAGAGGGGGUCGGAGAAACUCCUGGUCCGUUGCAGGCAGCUACAUCAUCCACCUGCGCCCCAGCGAGUCAGAGGAGUCUCUGCCACUUGAGGUAAGACCGGAUGCUUUCUCUGAGAUGCAGGUUCAAUUUAGAAUGAUGCCGGCUUCUUUUAAGAGAGAACAGUGGUAUGAUGAUUCUCUAAAACAUGUUAA